UCACCUAUUUCCCAGGGUCGUGGCAUCCGCCAUCGCCCUCGACUCUAUCAAUGGCUUCCUCCGAGGUCGACCAGAAGUUCCUCGGCCGCCUCGCCAAGUCUGUCGAGCCGAACAACGCGCUUCUCGCGUCGAUGCUCUUCAAGAUCCUCGGCCUAUCCAUCAACGUCGCAGGCCAGCUCGUGAAAGCUAAGAAACAGCGUCGCCUCGACGCCACCCGCCUCACGCAAUCCCUCGAGCUGUAUUUCCACAUCAUAUGGCUCUCACGCGAAGGCCUCGUCAUGCUAGAGCAGUACGUGCUGCCCAUGGUAGGCGACUACGUUGAGUUGAAGGUCCUCGCGUACAAGCUUCGCGCCUCCUUCUACCACAUCUUCGUGCAAUUCCACAACAACCCUCCCGUCUCCCCCCUCGGAAUCGCAACAACCCCAGAAGCAGUCGCUGCCGUCGCGGCAUCGAUGCCGGCCCCGCGCGUGGAUAAAGGAAAGGGCGUGGAUCGAGGCGACCCAGCAGCAAGCGACUUCUCACGCACCUCCGUGCAACCCACCCACGCUCUCGAGCAAGGCAUGCCGGCGCCUCCCCCCGGCUUCGAAUCGCAAGCCCUGCCCACCCAACUCCCGACGUUCACCCCCGAGGCCGCAGCCGCGUUUCUGCUUCCGUACGUAGACUACCUACCCACCGCGCACCAGUACUUCCGCGAAGCAUGCGCGCUAGCCGACGGACUGCUCUGGGGCUCGCACUCGCUGCGGCUAUCGGUGAAGACGGAGUACGCGGCGUUCCUGUACGAGUGCGUGCACGACCGCGAGGGAAGUCGGAAGCUGGCUAAAGACACGAUCGCGGAGGUAUACGAGGCGAGUGAAGGUAUGGACGACGACAUGUUCAACGACGCGUGCGAGCUCGUUACUGUGCUUGGCAAGAUGAUGAAGCGCGGCUUAGGCAGUGGUGGAGGAUCUAGGAGCGGAGGACGCCCGAGCCCGAGUGUUACGCUGGGAACGGGCACGGUGUCCCAGGGCGCGGAGAGUAGUGCUACGGUUGUGCCGCCGGUGCCGCCUUUGGGGAUGGAGAAUCCGAUAUGAUUCGAGGGGUUUUGGGUACGGGGGUUGGAUAGGCGUGUUUGAGACGGAUGGGGGAGGCUGUAAAUGCUUUAUGCCUGGCGUUGCUGGGUAUUACAUACGAUGGCUGACGGUCACGAGGACUGGAAAUCCUGGAAAUCCGGGGAUAUCACCAAAGCUCAGGGGUGUGGGAGGUUUCAGCUGUGUUUGAACAGACAACGCGCUCGACUGGCAAGAUAUCCGAGCUCAAUCGCGUAUUUCACCCGAUUGCGACUACGAUCCUACACGAAGAAGAGCUUUAUUU